CUCUCGCUCUCUCUCGGCGGCCCGGGUGGUCUGAUGCGGGACCCUCCGAAGAGAAAAAAGGAUGGCGGAGGGACCGGCGGACUGUUUGGAGUCGUCGGACAGCGAACCGGAGCAGGAACCGGGCACGCCGCAAAAACUCAUCCGGAAAGUGUCCACUUCCGGUCAGAUCCGCAGCAAGACGGUGUUGAAGGAAGGAGACUUGAUGAAGCAGACCAGUUCCUUCCAGCGAUGGAAGAGGAGAUACUUCAAACUUCGGGGACGAACGCUGUACUACGCGCAGACCGCCAAGUCCAUCAUCUUUGACGAAGUGGACUUGACGGACGCCAGCGUGGCCGAAUCUAGCACCAAGAAUGUCAACAACAGCUUCACGGUGAUCACCCCGUGCCGGCGUCUGAUUUUGUGCGCCGACAACCGCAAGGAAAUGGAAGAGUGGAUCUUGGCUUUGCGGAGCGUUCAGAACCGCCAAAACUACGAGGCGACGCAGUACAGCGUGGAGCACUUCAGCGGGAUGCACAACUGGUACGCGUGCUCACACGCGCGACCCACUUACUGCAACGUAUGCCGAGAGGCGUUGUCGGGCGUCACCUCGCACGGACUCUCCUGCGAAGUGUGUAAAUUCAAGGCUCACAAGCGCUGCGCGGUGAGAGCCACCAACAACUGCAAAUGGACCACGCUGGCGUCUAUCGGGAAGGACAUCAUUGAAGACGAGGACGGGGUGUGGAUGCCUCACCAGUGGCUGGAGGGCAACCUGCCCGUGUCGGCCAAGUGCGCCGCCUGCGACAAGCCGUGCGGCAGCGUCUUGCGCCUGCAGGACUGGCGCUGUCUGUGGUGCAAAGCCAUGGUACACUCGGGCUGUCGGGAGCAGCUGUCGGUCAAGUGCCCGCUGGGUCAGUGCAAAGUGUCGGUCAUCCCGCCCACGGCGCUCAACAGCAUCGACUCUGACGGCUUCUGGAAGGCGUCGUGUCCUCCGUCUUGCACCAGUCCCCUCCUGGUUUUUGUCAACUCCAAGAGCGGCGACAACCAAGGCGUCAAGUUCCUGCGUCGUUUCAAGCAGCUGCUCAACCCCGCCCAAGUUUUCGACCUGAUGAACGGAGGACCUCACUUGGGGCUUCGUCUCUUCCAGAAGUUCGACACCUUCCGGAUUCUAGUGUGCGGAGGAGACGGCAGCGUGGGUUGGGUUCUGUCCGAGAUCGACGCGCUCACGCUUCACAAACAGUGCCAGCUGGGGGUUCUGCCUCUGGGAACCGGCAACGAUCUGGCCCGGGUCCUGGGCUGGGGCUCGGCCUGCGACGACGACACCCAACUACCUCAGAUUUUGGAGAAACUGGAGCGGGCCAGCACCAAAAUGUUGGACAGGUGGAGCAUCAUGGUGUACGAGAGCAAGUUUCCGCGGCCGCGCUCGGCUUCCGCCGUGACCGAGGACUGCGCCGAAGACUCGGAGGUGCAGCAGAUUCUCACCUACGAAGAUUCGGUAGCCGUUCACCUUUCCAAGAUUCUGACGUCGGAUCAGCACUCUGUCGUCAUUUCUUCUGCCAAGGUUCUUUGCGAGACGGUAAAGGACUUUGUGGCGCGGGUGGGAAAGGCCUACGAGAAGAACACGGAGCCUUCCGAGGAAUCGGACGUCAUGGCCAAAAAGUGCGGCCUACUAAAAGAGAAGUUGGACCUCCUCCUGCGGACCCUGACCGAGGAGUCGGAGGCGUCCUCCCCUCUUCUCGCCGGGGACGACGGGGGCCCACUGGCGUUCGUGCUGCCCCUGCUGUGCGCGGGCCCCGACCCGGCCGCGGCCACCCGGCCCCCGGCUGUCUUUAAACCUCGCGAGCAGCUGAUGCUUCGAGCCAACAGCCUAAAGAAGGUCAUCCGGCAGAUCAUCGAGCACGCCGAAAAAGCCGUGGAUGAACAGAACGCUCAAACAGCGGCCAUGUUCUCUCUGGAGGUGGCGGACGACGGCGACAAGACGGCGGACGGCAGACGGAGAGCAGCUUUUGGCGAGUCUUUUGUCACCAGAUUGUUUCUGGUGCUUAAUUUGAUUAUUUUCUUGUAUUUUAUUUGGAUGCAGCGGACUCACUCUAGUCACUCUGGUGCAUUUGCAGGCAACAAGACGGGCGCUAACAAAUGCGGCGGCAUGACGCUGAGCAGCUCCGCGCCGAUCGCGGUCCACGCGGGAGGCGGGGACGAGGCGCCGACCCGGGAGAUCCUCUAUCCCGGUGAGGCGCGACGUUCCUUCCGACCCGAGCCGGUCCUUCGCCGCUCGCCCUCCGCGGGUUCGGGAGCCGGCGGGUCGCCGUCCCGCGGUACGGUCAUCGGUCGACUGCUCUUGGACGCCGAGUCGUUUGUGGGACGCGAGCCCCAAAACACGGAGCGAUACACCGAGAAAUGCGUGAUGAACAAUUACUUUGGCAUCGGUCUGGACGCCAAGAUUUCUUUGGAUUUCAACAACAAGCGAGACGAACAUCCCGAGAAGUGUCGGAGUCGCACCAAAAACAUGAUGUGGUACGGCGUUCUGGGAACCAAGGAGCUGCUGCACAGGACCUACAAGAACCUUGAACAGCGAGUUCUGCUGGAGUGUGACGGGCGACCCAUCCCGCUCCCCAGUCUGCAGGGCAUCGCCGUCCUGAACAUUCCCAGUUACGCCGGAGGGACCAACUUUUGGGGAGGCACCAAAGAAGACGACACCUUCGCCGCGCCGUCUUUCGACGACAAAAUUCUGGAAGUGGUGGCCGUGUUCGGCAGCAUGCAGAUGGCCGUGUCCAGAGUCAUCAACCUUCAACACCAUCGCAUAGCGCAGUGUCGCACGGUGAAGAUAGCCAUCUUGGGGGAUGAGGGCGUCCCCGUCCAGGUGGACGGCGAGGCCUGGAUUCAGCCUCCGGGAUACAUCAAGAUUCUUCACAAGAACCGCAGCCAGACGCUCACCAGGGACCGCGCCUUCGAGAGCACGCUCAAGUCGUGGGAGGAUAAACAAAAGUGCGAAUUUCCUCCGGCUUGGGCGGCCCAGCCGUCCCACCCCGAGACCGUCUCCGAGGAAGAGGCGGCGCCGGUGCGGGACUUUGCGAGGGCGUCCGGGCUGCUCAUCGGCAGUAUUUGUCAGCUGGCCCGGAGUCACCGCGGCGUGGAACAAGAGCUGGCUCACGCCGUCAACGCCAGCUCCAAGUCGCUGGACCCGCUCUACGAUACGACCGGCGCCGCCGGGACGCUGAGCUGCGGCACGGUGGCGCUGGCGGCUAAGGACGUCAAGGCCUUGCUGAGCGAGACGGAACUCCUCCUGGCGGGGAAAAUGGCUACGGCCUUGGACGCUGGACAACAGGAGCAGUUGAACUGCGCGUUGAGCGGCGUGCGUCAGCGUUUGAACGCCUUGGCGGACGCGCCCCGUUGGAACGCGGCCCUCAAACCGGCUGAGCAACAGGACGCCAAAGCCGGCCGCGGCGCCAAGUUUCGUCUGGUCCCCAAGUUUAAAAAGGACAAAAACAACAGAGUCAAAGAGACUCGCGGCUCGCUGACGCUGCCGGUUCAGCAGUGGGGCACGGACGAAGUCGGCGCUUGGCUCGACUUCCUGUGCCUGUCCGAGUACAAAGACGUCUUCGGCCGACACGACGUGAGAGGAAGCGAAUUGCUGCACCUGGAGAGGCGGGACCUCAAGGACCUGGGCGUCAGCAAGGUGGGCCACGUCAAGCGGAUCCUUCAGGGCAUCCGCGAGCUGAGCCGCAACAGCAGCGCCAGCGAGGCCUGAGCUCCGCCUUCCCGGCCGACCGCCGUGCCGUUCGUGUGCCUUGUCACGUGCACAAUCAGGACCAAGUUGAUGUUUCCCUACACAUUUCAUCAUUCCACAUAAAGGCUGUAAUAUGCCUUUUUCCAUUGGCGUUUCUUACACCAAAACGACCGGAAAUCUCGCACGACACAGGCCCUCUUUUGUUUGACAACCCAAGAAUGACCAUUAUGACAUUUAAAACGCUACUUGUCCUACAGUUAUAGUCCAAAUCACAUUCAAAAAUUCAGGAUGCUAAGGGCUUUAGCUGAGGCUAAAGUUGCAUAAGGCACAGGUUUUGCCCAAAAAACCUAUGGUCCCACCAAAUUUGCCAAAACCUUUUCCCUUCAUUUCAAAUGGCCAAAUUUCCUAUUGAUUUCCAAUGGCCUUAUUCAUUUCAAUGGCACAAAUUCUUCCAUUCACUCCUAUUGAUUUUCGAUUCAGACCUGCAAAAAUAUAGAGUGGGGCAAAUAAGUAUUUAGUCAACCACUAAUUGUGC